UAUGAAAAAUCAAAAAGAGAACAUACCUUUGUUCUACCCAUUCUGGUGGCAAACUGCUUAGUGAUGUCAUUUCCUGCAAAUAAUGUCACUCACUGUUUUUUUCUUCUGCCAGGCUAAAUGUUUCGGUAACAGGGUUGUGUAUGUUGUGGGACUUUAUUGCAAAAUUUCUAUAAUUUGAAAUAUUUCUAUCAUUUAAAAAAAAAAUUAACAAUUAAAAGAGGCAUAUAUACAAUGUAUUUUAACGGUUGUAUUUAACAUUCAAUUUGGUCAUCUAGAAGGUGGGACAAGAGAAAAAUGGCACUUAAGUGGGUGCUAGAGAUUUAUUUUUUAUUUUCAAUAUUAUUUUUGGAAAAAAAAGUGUUUUUUACACAAUGUCUGCAUUUUUUGUAUAUUGGACAUAGAUUAUUUGAAAUUUCGUAGGUGGGACAUGAAAUGUCCUCCAAUGACAAAGAAUCCGUCAAUCCUGUGGUAGUCUCACAUUGCCAGACCUACCUCCACAGCGCUGGCAUUUGUUAUAUUUGUUUGUUGUUUGUUGUAUAUUUUGAUGUUAUAUUAUCAUCACUAUUAAUAUUUUCUUGAUAUACAAUAAAAUGAAGUUAAAAUAUUACCUAUAUUAAUUCUGGAGUGUCUUUGUUUUGGAUAACCCACACUGCCAUAUCUAUGCCACACAUUCCCCCAUUUCAUGUAAAUGUAAUGCUCAAACUGAAAAUGGGGUAGGCUACUAUUGCAGUAUCUUGUCUUGACUAAUGUGAAAGAGGAACCAUGAGUUACAACAACUUAACGUCCACAGUGCAAUUCACCACAAGACGUGACAGCUGUUGUUCAAGAAAACCUACAAUGGCAAACAACUUCACAGGAAACGAUGGAGGUGUGAACAACAGCAGUGAUGUGGGGUAUCGUAAUGAUGAGACGUUUACCAUUAACACCAUCACUGGUGCCUUCUUCAUUUUGAUCUUCAUCUUCAGUGUCAUGGGAAACUGUCUCCUGUUAUGUGUUCUCGUCUUCUACGAGAACCUGAAAAAUGUCACAAACCUAUUUACCCUGAACCUGGCCUGCUCCGAUUUGAUCUUCACUGUCACACUUCCCUUCUGGGCCGUCGACCAACUGCAACACUGGAUUUUUGGUGACUUUGCCUGCAAAUUUAUGACUCUGUUAUACUUUCUAGGUUUUUACAGUAGCGUCAUUCUACUGACUGCCAUAACUGUGGAUCGUUUCAUAAUAGUGGUGCUGCACAACUGGCCAAGCAAGCCUCUAAGGAGGCAGCGGUGUGCAAUGGUUGCCUGUGCAGCUGCCUGGGCCAUCAGCAUUGCUGCAUCCGUGAGUGAUGCUAUCAAAGUAAAGGUGAAAAUCCACUUCUAUAGUUCAACAUGUGAGGAGCACUCUGAUGUCUCUGAUGAAAAGCUGGGAUAUUAUCUCCAAGUGUCACUGCUCUUUUUCCUCCCAUUUGCCAUUGUUAUUUUCUGCUAUUCUGCCAUCCUCAAGACAGUUUUGCAGGCAAAAAACAGAAAAAGACACAGGACUGUAGUGGUGGUGUUAUGUAUUGUUGCAGCCUUCUUCAUCUGCUGGGGACCUUACAAUAUUGUGCUUGUCUUGUCUUUGUAUGAACCCGAAAGCCAUUAUGAGGUUGCGUAUAAUAUUUGUCUUAUACUUGCUUAUUCUCACUGCUGUAUGAACCCUCUGCUCUAUAUGCUCUCACAAAAGUUGCGAAGGCAUCUUUUGGAUCUUUUACGCUGCGAGAAGGCAAGGAGGAGGAAGAGGGAGAGAGGAACUGGCCAGAGCACUUCUGUUUUUCAGAAUGUAGCUUUUACAGCACACAACUCUGCUGUUAUGUUGGAAUUACACUCCAAGUAGACUUUUGAAAUAAAACAUGUGUAAAUGCUUUUAUGUAAUGCAAUUAUAUUUAUUGAAUUCUACCAAUGUUUUGACUAUUUCCUUAAAAAUGUGAGGGUAUAUAAAGAUAUUCUAAUGCCUGUGUCAGUUUGUAAAAUAAUAAUAAUAAUGUGUGGGAAUGGUUUCACUGCUGCACUUUCUCAGCCUUUAUGAAUGAACUUUGCUGUGCUGUUACUGUAAUACAUUUGAAUAAAAUUCAGCUGGAAUCUA